AUGGAUAAGUUCAGUCUUGGCAAAGAAGAUUUUGUGUUGGACACAGAUGAAUCUGUGAAGGAAGGGGCCACGUUCCUGUCUUCUCCUCAAGUGUCUCGGCCUGAAGACUGUGUUCUGGCCUGCUGUAAUGAUCCAAACUGUAAUGUGGCUCUGAUAGAACACGGAGAAAAUCCCAAAAGCAUCAGCGCGUGCUUCAUCUUCAACUGUCUUUACAAACAAAAGAAAACAUUACGUUUUCUUUAUAUAGUUGACCAGUGUGAUUUGAAAUCUGUUUUUAAAGAUUACGUUGUGCAACAGGGGCCAGAUGUGGAGGACAAACCUCCAGUCGCAGUGGCCGGGCAGGACAGAGUCGUUCAGCCCAAAGAAGAUGUGACUCUGAACGGCAUUGAGAGCACAGACGAUAAAAAGAUCGUAAAAUAUGAGUGGGUACAGGUGUCUGGAGACCCGUCAGCUGUUAUUACUAAAGAGCAUUUUGAGGAUUCAGUGACAGUCUCCAAUCUUUCUCCGGGGAUGUAUAAGUUCAGACUCACGGUCACAGAUGACGCUAAUCAGACGGGAUCGGCUCAGGUGUCAGUGUUGGUCCUGACACCAGAACAGUCACUCCAUCACUGUCUGGUGCCGAAGAAAGAGGGUCCGUGUCGAGGCUCUUUCCCACGCUGGCACUACAACGCCGUCACAGAGAAAUGUGAACAGUUCAAGUUUGGAGGCUGCAGACCAAACCGCAACAACUACCUGGCGCUCAACGAAUGCUUGAAUGCUUGCGACAAAGUUUCAGUUUUUGCGCCGCCUCCGUCUGGAAGAUUAGGUCCGAACUCUGUUCAACGUGAGCAGUGUGGCACGGCUUGCGGUCCGGAUCAUUUCUCGUGUUCAAAUAAAUGCUGCAUCGAGAAAGAUUUGGAGUGUGACGGGGAAGCGCAGUGCAGCGACGGUUCGGACGAGGCUGAAUGCUCCAAACUGGACCGUAAGUUCCGUCGAUUGCUGGAUAUAACUGUGGACAAAAGCAAAGUUCAUUGCGUGGAGCCGCCGAUAACAGGCCCGUGUCGCGCAAGCUUCACUAACUGGUACUUCAAUCCGUACGAGCAGAGCUGUAAUCGCUUCAACUACGGCGGCUGCGAUGGAAAUGAAAACCGCUUUGACACGGAGGAGAAGUGCAUGCAGUCCUGCACUGGAGUGACCGAGUCUGAUGUGUUUGCCAGACGAGCUCAUUUUGAGAAGCAAGAGGGCAAGAACGAAACAGCUAUCAUCGCCAUGGCCAUCGUACUGGGCCUCGCCAUCGCCAUCCUGCUGGUUGUUAUCACAUUUUAUCUUCUGAAUGGAAAGAAAAAGCGCAGAAACAAACAUCAGCAUGUGGCCGUGAACGGCGGACACGUCAACACCUACGGAGAUUUAGAGAAACUCGUCUACAACAGCACAACCAAACCCAUCUGAGCAUUAACUCGGUUUAACAGGACAUCUGACCGCACUGCAGCAGCGUGAUCUGACAAUCUGUUUGUACAUGCAAUAAUUAUUUCUUCACUUGUUUCAAGUAGACCGGCUGGAAUCUGUGCAGAAAGUUCGUUUGCUUUGCUUGUUUUGAGUUUUCAAACAACUUUUACUGCCAUCAGCUUUUUCACUUCUCUUAUUUCUGUCCUUUGCUUUAUAUAUUAGCUCGUUGGAUGUUGCUCAGGGGUAAAUAUGUGUUGCAAUAGCAUAUAAUAAAGUACAUUUUAAUGACCACAAAAGACGAAAUCAUGAUUCUUGAGCCAUGUACUUUUAUUUUGCAACACAGCUGUGUGAAGACUGGAUUGUUUGUUUGUUUUAAAUGCUGCCUCGUCGGUUAAUCUUAAAGCCAUGUAAGCUUACUAUGUUAAAUUAGUUUCAUAUUUUAGUUUCUUUGGAAUCUGAGAUGAUGAUUUACGGCUCUUUGUUUUAAUAUGUAUACUCUUGUUUUAUUUUUCCAUUAUCUACAUUAGGAGUUUUAUUUAGUAGUUUUAUUUUAGUUCUUUUUUAUUGUUUUUAUUUUUUUUUUAUUUUAGUAAGCUGAAGUUCUGAAUCCAAAAAUGACAUUUAUGGUGAAAAAUCGUACCCCACAAUGCAAAUUUGUACAUAGACUUUUUAAAAUGUGUAUCAAAAACUUUGUAAUGUCUGAACUAUUAAUCUUGGAAAGUCUCAAUAAAACUAAUAUGUACA